AAAUCAGCAAAGAUUCAAUUUCCCUUUUCUAGAGCAGAGAGAAAAGGAAUGGAGAGUUGUUAUUCUCAGCAGAGAAGAUUUCUUAUUUCUGUCUUUGUUUUAAAUGUAUUAAUAUAUUGGGGAGGAUAUUGGAAGGUGAGUGGUUGCUUCGAUUCCGAGAGAAAAGCUCUCACCACCUUUCGGAAGGCUCUCAACGAUUCCUUCAAUAUUCUCUCUUCAUGGGAUGAUGAUGCCUCUGACUGCUGCAAAUGGAGAGGAAUUACCUGCCACAACAUAACUGGGUUUGUUCUUAAACUCGACCUCCAUGUCAAGGACUCCCGCCUCGGACUAGGUGGCAGAAUUGAUCCAGCUCUGGUUCAACUGAAGCAUCUUCAGUUCUUGGACUUGAGCUCGAAUGCUUUUAAUGGCGCACCAAUUCCAGAUUUCCUGGGUUCAAUGAAGGAGUUGAGGCAUUUGAACUUGUCAGAUGCAGGGUUCAGCGGGAGAAUCCCUCGUCAGCUUGGAAACCUCACUAAACUCAUUUCCCUGAAGCUUUCUUCACCUUCUUUGAGUGCCAAAAACCUUUGGUGGUUGACAAGCCUACCUUCUCUCACUUACCUCGACAUGUCUUUUGUGAACCUUUCCAUGGCAAGCCAUGAUUGGGUGCACGUAAUGAACAUGUCUCCUUCCCUCGUUGAGUUGUACCUAUGGAACUGUGGUCUUUCAUAUAUUUCUCCAACUCUUCCUUCUGUUAAUUUCACAUCUGUCCGUGUCCUCGAUCUCAGUGAGAACAACUUCAAUUCUAGCAUUCCAAACUGGAUAGCUAACAUUAGUAGCCUCGUGUCCUUGUAUCUCUCAAAUGACAACUUUCAUGGUGAGGUUCCUUAUGAUCAAUUUUCAAAACUUCCUAACUUGGAAGAGUUGUGGUUGGGAUCAACUGAUGAUAGCCUGAGGGUUGAUUGGUCAGAGUUCCUUGAAGGCAGCUGGAGGAAGCUGAAGAUACUUGAUCUAUCUUUCAGUCAGCUGCAUGGAGGAAUCCCCAACUCUAUUGGGAAUAUUACCUCACUGGUGGAUCUUUAUUUAUCAUUUGGCGAGAAUAUAACAGGUAGCAUUCCAAGAGCCAUAACUAAGCUUAUCAAUUUAGAGAGCCUGUCUUUGUAUGGAUACAAAAUGCAUGCGGCCAUUCCUGAUUGGUUAUCUGAGCUCGAAAAUCUUAAACACCUUGCUUUCAGGGAAUGCAUGCUGACAGGUCCAAUCCCUGCAGCUCUUCUUGGAGGAUUGUCUUCCUUGGAAGAAUUAGAUCUCUCAUGGAAUCAGUUGAAUGGAAAUAUCCCUGCAGCUCUUGGAGGAUUGUCUUCCUUACUGUAUUUAUCUCUCCGUGGGAAUGAGUUGAAUGGGAAUAUCCCUGCAGCUCUUGGAGGAUUGUCUUCCUUGGAAGAAUUAGAUCUCUCAGGGAAUCAGUUGAAUGGGAAUAUCCCUGCAGCUCUUGGAGGAUUGUCUUCCUUGGAAGAAUUAGAUCUCUCAGGGAAUCAGUUGAAUGGGAAUAUCCCUGCAGCUCUUGGAGGAUUGUCUUCCUUGGAAGAAUUAGAUCUCUCAGGGAAUCAGUUGAAUGGGACAAUCCCGACAACUUUAGGACAACUUUCUAACUUGUCUUGGCUUUUACUCUCUUACAACUCCUUGACAGGAAACGUGUCUGAAAGCCUUUUUGAAAACCUCAAAAAGUUGACGGGCUUAACUUUGUCUUCCAAUUCUUUGGUUUUUUAUCCACACUCUGAUUGGGCCCCUCCAUUUCAGCUUUCUUACAUUAACCUAGGAUCAUGUCAUUUGGGUCCUCGAUUUCCUCUCUGGCUACGAACACAAAAAUACGUACAGAAUUUGGAUCUCUCUAACACAACCAUCUCUGGCAUCAUCCCCACCUGGUUUUGGGAUUUAACACCCCAACUUUUUGAAUUGAACCUUUCAAAUAAUCAGAUUUUUGGCCAAUUGCCCAACCCUUUCAAAAUGCAACCUGGGGCCUUCUCCAUUGAUUUGAGUUUGAAUAAUUUCAGUGGUCCCAUACCCUGCAUAUUGAAUGGAGCCUCUUUUCUCGAUCUCUCCAACAAUCAAUUUUCUGGGCCAAUCCCACCAAAUUUUACAUCCACAAUGCAGCAUUUAAAUUAUUUUUCUGCUAGAGGUAACCAAAUCAGUGGCAUGAUUCCCUCAUUCAUAGAAGGAAUAAACUCCUUGACUGUCCUUGACCUUUCCCGAAACAAUAUAGGUGGAAUCAUUCCAUUGAGAUUGGGUAAUUGCAUAGCACUUGAGGCACUUGAUUUGAGCAAGAACAGGUUAUCGGGAGGAAAAUCCACAUCUUUGGGUCUGUUACGUCAACUCCAAACAAUGCACUUGAGCAACAAUAACCUAUCGGGAGAAAUCCCUUCAUCUUUGAAGAAAUGUACUAGUCUGGAGACUCUCGACCUUGGACACAACAAUUUCUCGGGUCAUAUUCCCACUUGGAUUGGAAAAAGCUUUCCAGCUUUAAGAAUUCUGAGUUUACGAUCAAAUAUGCUUACUGGCAACAUCCCGGCACAAAUAUCGAACCUGACUUCUCUUCAGAUCCUUGAUGUGGGACAAAAUUAUUUAUCUGGUUCAAUUCCCCAAAGUUUUGAAGAUCUCAUGGCCAUGAAGAAGACAAACCUCAAUCUUUCCUAUGGAGGGAUAGGAACAUCAUAUUACAAGGAAAACUUGUUUUUAUCAAUGAAGGGGCAAAUGCUUGAAUACACUAGAACAGUUUCACUUGUUACGUGCAUGGACCUUUCAAGAAAUAACUUAUCUGGAGAGAUCCCAAAAGGACUUACAAAUCUUUUGGGAUUGCGUGUCUUAAACUUUUCGGAAAACCAUUUAACCGGAGAGAUCCCAGACAAGAUUGGUAAAUUGGCAUUGCUAGAAUCUCUUGAUUUCUCAAAAAAUCAGCUUUCAGGUACAAUUCCUUUGAGCAUGUCAAAUUUAACUUUUCUUAGUUACCUGAACUUAUCAUUUAACAACUUGUGGGGGAGAAUUCCAACUGGAAAUCAGCUCCAGACACUUCCAUAUCCUUCAAUUUAUAUGGGCAACAACGGACUUUGUGGAUCUCCUCUUCCAAAUAAGUGUGUUGAUGAUGAGACACCUCAGGCUCCAAUGCCUGUUGGUGGUGACUUAGAAAAAGACGAAGAAGAGUAUGAAAUGCGUUGGUUUUACUCUGCAGUUGGACCAGGAUUUGCCAUUGGAUUUUGGGCCUUCUGUGGUGUUCUAAUACUCAAGAAGCCAUGGAGGAUUGCUUACUACCGCUUCUUCGAUGAUCUGGAAAAUAGACUGUGCUUCAAUUGUCAUUGUACAUGAUGCUAGGUUGAAAAAGUUUGAUUGAAAUUACCAGGUCAUGAAUGAUGAAUAAUUGUUUGUAACUUAGGUUGCCUCACAGUGGAUCUUUUUUUUUUUCCUUCCGCCGGUACUUCUUAUGAGAGUUGUAAUAAAAAGCUUUGUAAUGAAAAUUUGGGGAGGAAGCUAGUCAGUGUUGCCCCUCUAAUGUAUAUAAUUUUCGAGUAUCAAUAAAAUUACAGGUGGUGUGCUCCCACCUUUCUGUAAUAUAUAUAUG